UGAGGAGGGGCUGCCGAGGGGCGUCGGGUUACAUCUCCGCCUCCUCUGCUUGAGCUGGAGCCGCCGGGGUUGCGGGACUACAGUUGGGAAACAUGCUGGACGCGAGCGGCUGGAGCCGGACGGCGUGGACGUGGGCGCUGCUGCUGCAGUUAUUGCUGGCGGGGCCGGGAGGCUGCCUGAGCCGUCAAGAGCUCUUCCCCUUCGGCCCUGGGCAGGGGGACCUAGAGCUGGAGGCUGGGGACGACGUGGUGUCCCCCGCUCUGGAACUGAUCGGAGAGCUGAGCUUCUAUGAUCGUUCGGACAUCACGUCGGUCUAUGUCACCACCAAUGGCAUCAUCGCCAUGAGCGAACCCCCAGCCAGAGAAUCCCACCCUGGAACCUUUCCUCCCAGCUUUGGCUCAGUGGCGCCUUUCCUGGCGGACUUGGACACAAUGGAUGGCCUGGGGAACGUGUAUUACCGAGAAGACUUAUCCCCCUCCAUCAUUCAGAUGGCAGCAGAGUAUGUCCAGAGAGGCUUCCCAGAUGUCACUUUCCAGCCCACUAGUGUGGUGGUUGUCACUUGGGAAUCCAUGGCCCCCUAUGGAGGGCCCAGCGGGAGCUCUGCCCAGGAAGGCAAGAGAAACACGUUCCAGGCUGUUCUAGCCUCCUCAAAUUCCAGCUCCUAUGCCAUUUUCCUCUAUCCUGAAGAUGGUCUACAGUUUUUUACAACAUUCUCGAAGAAGGAUGAGAGCCAAGUGCCUGCCAUGGUUGGUUUCAGCCAAGGUUUGGUGGGAUUUCUAUGGAGCAGCAAUGGAUACUAUACCAUAUUUGCCAAUGACAGAGAAUCAAUUGAAAAUUUGGCCAAGAGCAGCAAUGCUGGAUACCAGGGUGUGUGGGUGUUUGAGAUUGGGAGUCCCGCUACUGCCAAGGGCGUGGUGCCAGCAGAUGUGAACCUAGACCUGGAUGAGGAGGGAGCAGACUAUGAGGAUGAAGAGUAUGACCUGGUGACCUCUCGCCUGGGCCUGGAGGAUGUGGCCACCUCACCCUUUCCUUCCCACAGUCCGAGAAGGGAACACACUAACCCACACGGUGCGCCCAGGGUCCUUUCUCCUAGCUAUGAGGCUACAGAGAGACCCCAUGGAAUCCCCUCUGAGAGAACCAGGUCUUUCCAAUUGCCAGUGGAGAGGUUCCCCCAGCAGCACCCCCAGGUCAUUGAUGUGGAUGAAGUCGAGGAAACAGGAAUUGUAUUCAGCUACAACACAGGCUCCCAGGAGACGUGUGCCAACAAUAGACACCAGUGCUCCGUGCAUGCAGAGUGCAGAGACUAUGCUACUGGUUUCUGCUGCAGGUGCGUGGCCAACUACACGGGCAACGGCAGGCAGUGUGUGGCAGAAGGCUCCCCACAACGGGUCAACGGCAAGGUGAAGGGAAGGAUCUUCGUGGGCGACAGCCAGGUCCCGGUGGUGUUUGAGAACACUGACCUACACUCCUACGUGGUAAUGAACCAUGGACGCUCUUACACAGCCAUCAGCACCAUUCCUGAGACUGUCGGGUAUUCUCUUCUUCCUCUGGCACCCAUCGGGGGCAUCAUCGGAUGGAUGUUUGCAGUGGAGCAGAAUGGGUUCAAGAACGGCUUCAGCAUCACUGGGGGUGAGUUCACCCGCCAAGCUGAGGUGACCUUCCUGGGACACCCAGGCAAGCUGGUCCUGAAGCAGCAGUUCAGUGGUAUUGACGAACAUGGACAUCUGACCAUCAACACAGAGCUGGAGGGCCGAGUGCCACAGAUCCGCUACGGCUCCUCAGUGCACAUUGAGCCCUACACAGAGCUGUACCACUACUCCAGCUCAGUGAUCACUUCCUCCUCCACCCGGGAGUACACGGUGACUGAACCCGACCAGGACGGCGCUGCGCCCUCACACACACAUGUUUACCAGUGGCGUCAGACCAUCACCUUCCAGGAGUGUGUUCACGAUGACUCCCGGCCAGCCCUGCCUAGCACCCAGCAGCUCUCCGUGGACAGUGUGUUUGUCCUGUACAACCGGGAGGAGAGGAUCUUGCGCUACGCCCUCAGCAACUCCAUCGGGCCUGUGAGGGAGGGCUCUCCUGAUGCGCUUCAGAACCCAUGCUACAUCGGCACUCAUGGGUGCGACAGCAACGCAGCCUGUCGCCCUGGCCCUGGAACACAGUUCACCUGCGAAUGCUCCAUUGGCUUCCGAGGAGACGGGCAGACGUGCUAUGAUAUUGACGAAUGUUCAGAGCAACCUUCCCGGUGCGGGAACCAUGCAAUCUGCAACAAUUACCCAGGAGCCUACCGUUGUGAGUGCGUGGAGGGUUACCACUUUUCGGAUGGGGGCAUCUGCGUAGCUGCGGUGGACCAGCGACCCAUCAACUACUGUGAAACCGGUCUCCACAAUUGUGAUAUCCCCCAGCGGGCCCAGUGCAUCUAUAUGGGUGGCCCCUCCUACACCUGCUCCUGUCUGCCUGGCUUCUCUGGGGAUGGCAGAGCCUGCCAAGACGUGGAUGAAUGCCAGCUCAACCGAUGUCACCCCGAUGCCGUCUGCUACAACACGCCAGGAUCCUUCACGUGCCAAUGCAAACCUGGCUAUCAGGGGGAUGGCUUCCAGUGUGUGCCCGGAGAGGUGGAGAAAACCCGGUGUCAACUGGAACGAGAGCACAUCCUUGGAGCAGCAGGGGUGGCAGACGCCCAGCAGCCCAGGCUGGGCAUGUUUGUGCCCCAGUGUGAUGAGUAUGGGCACUAUGAACCCACCCAGUGCCACCAUGGAACUGGCUACUGCUGGUGUGUGGACCGUGAUGGUCGGGAGCUGGAGGGUACCCGUACCCGGCCCGGGAUGAGGCCCCCAUGUUUGAGUACAGUGGCUCCUCCUAUUCACCAGAGACCCGUAGUACCUACAGCCGUCAUCCCCCUACCCCCAGGGACUCACUUACUCUUUGCCCAGACUGGGAAGAUUGAGCGCCUGCCUCUGGAGGGAAAUUCCAUGAAGAAGACAGAAGCCAAGACCUUCCUCCAUAUCCCUGCAAAAGUCAUCAUUGGACUAGCCUUCGACUGUGUGGACAAGGUGGUUUACUGGACCGACAUCAGCGAGCCUUCCAUUGGGAGAGCCAGCCUGCAUGGCGGAGAGCCAACCACCAUCAUUCGACAAGAUCUUGGAAGCCCUGAAGGCAUUGCCCUUGACCAUCUUGGCCGCAGCAUCUUCUGGACAGACUCUCAGCUGGACCGGAUAGAAGUGGCAAAGAUGGACGGCUCACAGCGCCGGGUGCUGUUCGACACGGGUUUGGUGAACCCCAGGGGCAUUGUGACCGACUCCGUGGGAGGGAACCUUUAUUGGACAGAUUGGAACAGAGAGAGCCCCAAAAUUGAGACUUCUUACAUGGAUGGCACUAACCGGAGGAUUCUUGCACAGGACAACCUGGGCCUGCCCAAUGGCCUCACCUUUGACCCGUUCUCGUCUCAGCUCUGCUGGGUGGAUGCAGGCACCCAUAGAGCAGAAUGCCUGAACCCAGCUCAGCCCGGCAGACGCAAGGUUCUCGAAGGGCUCCAGUAUCCUUUCGCUGUGACGAGCUAUGGGAAGAAUUUGUACUACACAGACUGGAAGACGAAUUCAGUGAUUGCCAUGGACCUUGCUAUAUCCAAAGAGAUGGAUGCCUUCCACCCGCACAAGCAGACCCGGCUAUACGGCAUCACCAUUGCCCUGUCCCAGUGCCCCCAAGGCCACAACUACUGCUCAGUGAAUAAUGGUGGCUGUACCCACCUCUGCUUGCCCACUCCAGGGAGCAGAACCUGCCGAUGCCCUGACAACACCCUGGGAGUUGACUGCAUUGAACGGAAGUGAUGACAAGAAUGCCUUGCUCCCUCUCCAAGUAUUUCACAGUAACACCCUACUUGAAAUGACUUGAUCGGAACAAAAUAACAGACUGAAAACUAUCCUGCAGUGGAGUGAUCACUGGGCCCAGGUCUAGCCUACCCUGAGCCCCCACAACUUCCCCUCCACCUCCCCUAGAAUAGUCACCCUGAGUCAGUAAUGGAAAAGUCUCUACCCCAACAUGAGGGUAGGACCCCAUAUUCCUGGACCCCAGUCUUCAGGCAAGAUUAUAGAGUUCUGGAUAAAAAGCCAACAUAGUGUGCAUGCUUCUAACCCUAGCACUUGAGAGGCAGAGGCGGGAAGAUCAAGACUAAUCUUGUCUAUGUAGCAAGGGUCAAAGGCAAUAUGGAUUAUGUGAUACCCUUUCUCAAAAAAAUUUUUUUUUUCAGUAUGAAAGUUAUGUGUCCAUUCUAAAGUAUAGGAGCUUUUCCUAGUCUUAGGGUCCUCCACAGUAAGCAGAACCCCUACAUAGUCCUUGUCUGUGGCGUUACAAGCUCAGCCAUUACUCUGAGGUGCCUGAGAGCUUGUCAGUUUCUCAGCACAGCAUCCAGGUCCAGCUUAGGCGAAGUUAUGAGGCAUCCUUUUUCUCUCGGUACUCCAACCUCUGUCUCCGUGUUCCCAUCUAACUACUUCCGCUCUGAACCACCUUCCCCCAUCUAAGACUGGUUUCAGUUAGCAUGGUUUGCCAAGUGAUCAAAGCCUAACCAUGUCCUAGAAACUCCUGGUAUUUGACAAACGGUAAGAAGCAGCCCCUCCCAGAUUUUAAAAAUCCUGAUAUUUCCACAAUGGCCGUGGCUAAGCAAGUGGGUAAAUCAAAGACAUGUCCUGUGAGAGGGAUGUCAAGAUGUAGAGUCAAGAUGUUUGAGGACAGGGGACUUUGGUGUGUCUUGAAUUGUAGCAAAUUCUUCCUCUUUUUCGAAGUACCUAGAUUAGCAUCUGUUCUGUGGCGCCAUGUGAGUCUUCAGCCCCACUCCUGGUACCGGCUUCCAAGUAUUGUCAUGGACAGUCGUCCGGGGCCCAGGCUGGGGUAGGGCUGGAACAGAGUAGUGGCCCAUCAUAGUCCUCUAAGUUUAGAAUUGUGCCUUUGUUUCUCCCCCUCUCUAUGGCUUUUGCUGGCUAGAUCUUCAUCUGAAGGCCCAAUCUGGAAAGAUCUAAUUGGGGUAUUUCUAUUAGUUGUCCAGACAUUUAUUGCUCACUGGUGUAGUUCAAGUUGCUGCGUCCGUGUUUCUGUCAGUUAUUAGUUUCAAAAAUAUCCCCUGACCAUACACAUAACCACCAUUCUAUCUAUCUAUCUAUCUAUCUAUCUAUCUAUCUAUCUAUCUAUCUAUCUACCUCUUUUUUUAAACUUCUUCCAAGACACUUAAAGGAAUAGAAAUUUUGGGUUGAAAGCCAAGCUUCAGAAGGUUCAUUCAGCACAGUGUAGGGUAAGGGCAUAGACAAGACUCAGUGGGAAGGAUGGAGAACAGGAAUGGAAAACCCAAGAGGAAAUGGUGGGGGAGGGGUUUAAAGGCAGCUAAAACUAAAACCCUUAAAUAACUUCAGAGAAAAAUGGCACAUUUUGCAAAAGAAUGCUUAUCCCUGAAGACAUAGAAGACCCUGUCUGAUGCUUUUCCUGGGGAAUAGGGCCCCUACCUCCUUUCCUUCCGGCUUCAUCACGCUCAGCCUCCAGUCCCAUCUCCUCCUACCUCCAUCUCAACCUGCUUCCAUUGGACUGGGAACCUGAACUGGGGGGGAAGUCUUUACUUCAACAAUUGGAAUGUAUAUGACAAGAUUUAGGGAGCGUGUGAAUCUUUCACGCGGCCUCAUAAAGUAGCCUUCAGUCAUUUGUAUGAAGCUCUCUCUCUCUCGUGUUUUAUGAUAUCCAUCUUUUAAAACUUUUAUUCAUUUUACUAGAUCCCUUCUAAAAUGUUUGACAUGCUCAAUUCUUAAACUGUGGAAACCACGAAGGUGCUUAUUAAUGGUUCUCCAGAUGUAUGCAAGUAUUGGAUGAUUCCUUGAGUUUACAGCUGUACAAAUAUUAGUGCAGAAAAUUAAAAAAAAACAACUAUUAAAAAUAAACUCUUAUUUUGUCUUGUU